AUGUUAAAUGAUCAAGUAAUAAAUCGAAUUGAAGCGGAAAGUUUGAGUUAUAACACCGAUCAUAUCAAUAUCUUUUCCAAUAAUGGGGGACCAAAAGAUGGUGGGAAAAAGGGACAUGGCGGCAAAGGUAUCACUUAUGUCUGGGCAACGGAUAAUGGCGGUAUGAGGAAUGAUGAUUGCAGUUAUGAUGGUUACAUGGAUAGGAUUUAUACGUUAUCAGUAUCAAGUGUAACUGAAGAUGAUACUUCAUCAUGGUAUGCGGGAAAAUGUCCCGAUACUUUAACAUUGACAUUUUCGAAUGGCUAA